AUGGCUAGCACCAGCAUGGACUAUGAAGGUGCCAAUGGCGACCGAUAUGAAGAUGAGACGCAUCGGUACGACCGCGACAAUCGCAGUGCCUCUCCCCGUCCCCUCCGCGACGAACCCGAGGGAGGUCGUCGACGCUCUGCCUCCCCUCCCGGCAACGGCGAUCAUGUUUCCAAAGACGAUGCGGCUUCAAAGGGUGGCGAUGAUGAUGGCGCGGUCAAUCCUGGCUCCAAUCUCUUCGUUACUGGCAUCCAUCCUCGCCUAAGUGAAUCCGAGGUUACCCGGCUCUUUGAAAAGUAUGGGGAGGUUGAGAAAUGCCAAAUUAUGCGCGAUCCUCACACCAAAGAAUCUCGGGGGUUUGGCUUCGUUAAAAUGGUCACCUCCGACCAAGCCGACGCGGCCAAGGAGGGCCUGCAGGGGGAGCAGAUUGAUGGCCGCACUCUGAGCAUCGAAAAGGCUCGCCGCGCCCGUCCUCGUACUCCGACCCCGGGCAAGUACUUUGGUCCGCCUAAGCGUGAUGGUCGGGGUGGGCGCUUUAACGAUCGCUAUCGCGACGAGCGUCGCGGUGGCUACGGUGGCGGCAGCGGAUACUACGGACGCGAUGACCCCUACCGCUACCGCGGCGGCGGCGGUGGCGGUGGCAGCGGCAAUGACCGACGGUAUGAUGACCGUGGUGGUUAUCGUGAGGAUCGGGGGUACGAUCGUACGUAUCGGGACGAUCGAGGGGGCUAUGGUCGAGAGCGUGAGGAAGGCUACGGCCGCGUUGACCGCUACGGAAGUGGCCGCGAAGACCGCUAUCGCGAAGACCGUUAUCGUGAUGACCGUCGGGGCGGCCCAGGUUAUGAGCGCGACAGAUAUGAGCGGACCGCUGAACGCGAUGCCCCUCGCACCCGCGAUGCGCCCUCGAGCGGCGCUGGCUAUGGUGAUUCAGCUGCUGGUCGCUCUGAAGGACGUGAGCCUUACGGAUCAGGUUUGAGCUGCAAAUGA